AUGCGCGAGGAAGCUCGAGAAAGAAGAAAUGUCAAGUUCAUCACCAUCCUUCUUUUCCUCUACGUCACCAUCGCUACUGUUAUCAGCCACAAAAAAAAGCAGCUCGGCUUCUGUAACAGUAUGGGCUUCCUAGGCAUCACUUGGGCCUUCGGUGGCAUGAUCUUCAUCCUCAUUUAUUGCACCGCCAAUAUCACUGGUGGCCACAUCAAUCCUGCAGUUACAUUCGGAUUGUUCUUGGCCAGGAAGGUAACAUUCAUCCGAGCUUUAGUGUAUAUGGUAGCUUGGUGCUUAGGAGCUAUUUGUGGUACUGGACUGGUCAAGGCUUGGUAA